CUAGGGUAAAAUAAUAUCGCGGCACUCUGCACUCAGUUCAGCCUCACGGCUCCUUCUCGCGCCCCGUAACUUCUGCGCUAAAGGAUAACUUUUAAAGGAAACCCGACUGGAGCGACGGGACCGAUCCUCUUAUUCCAGAGUUGUUGCUUUUUCCUCUCCUUUUUUGUGCGUGAGUUUGAGGGGAGAUCCAACGGGGGACACGGUUGCAAGAACUUUUACGCACGAAAGGGACAGUGCAGCACUUGAGCGUUGAGUUUGUAGAUAUUCGAGUUUGUCUAAUCCACGUUUUUUUUUUAUUUCAGCGGUAAAAGCGGUUUUGGUGAGAUCAGAGGAGGAGUCUGAUGAAAUUUAGCAGUUUUGAUCUUUCUUUUUUUCAUUUUUAAAAAAAACUUUAGCCGAGAUACUCAACUGCAUUGACUUUUUUUUACAUCGCGUCUGGAUUACCUGGUUACUACAAAUUGUUUUGUUUUUGUUUAUUUUUUAAGCUGUUCGGCAUUAAUCAUUUAGCACAUUCUUUCACAGAUUCUUGAUUUCUAGUCUGAGUUCAAGUACUUUGUGGCGUUGAUACAUUGUUUACACGCGGCUGAGCGUUUCCACUAAGCGUGCGGUAGAUAACAGCGCCGAUAUAAUACGAGUUCGGCACUGACAGAGACUUUGGAGAGCUUUUGUUUAUCUCCUUUUAUUUUUGGCUGAAGUUAGUGAAAAACAGAACAGCCCUGUUAUGUCCCUCAGACUGACACAUCGUGUGUAGGUGAUCUAGUAGUCAUCAGAGUUUUGGUUAGGACAGCGAGGCUCUGCUUGACUCACAUUCUGCGCCCUCGCCUCCAGACAGUGGACUUUUGAGACAAGCGGCGUCUGGAUAACAACAAAAAAAAAAAAAAAAAAAGAAAAAAGGAAAAAGAAAAGAGUUUUUCCUCCAAAGACUUCUGCUCCUCUGAUACGACCCAGUCAGGUGGCACUGACCCAAGCUGUUGUGAUGCAUAUUCCCGUAGAGCCGCCCACCACAAGACGGUUCACGCCGCCCUCCACGUCCUUCCCCUGCAGCAAGAUUGUAGACGGCAACGGGGCCAUGGCCACCCCAGGGCCCCUGAGGUCAAGACCGGACACCAGGAACGUGGUGGACGUCCUGGCGGACCACGCCGGCGAGCUGGUCCGGACCGACAGCCCCAACUUCCUCUGCUCAGUUCUCCCGUCUCACUGGAGGUGCAACAAGACUCUCCCCGUGGCUUUCAAGGUCGUGGCUCUCGGUGACGUUCCAGACGGGACUCUGGUCACCGUGAUGGCUGGGAACGACGAGAAUUAUUCGGCCGAGCUGAGGAACGCCUCCGCCGUGAUGAAGAACCAGGUGGCUCGCUUUAACGACCUGCGCUUCGUGGGCAGGAGCGGACGAGGGAAGAGCUUCACUCUGACCAUCACCGUGUUCACCGGACCUCCUCAAGUGGCCACCUACCACCGCGCCAUCAAGGUCACCGUGGAUGGACCCCGGGAACCUCGCAGGCACAGAGUGAAGAUGGAAGACAACCAGAAGAUGCAGUUCUCGGACAGGCUGUCAGAGAUUGAGCGCUACCAGCGGUCUAUGCGCAUAGGCCCCGUGAACAAUAACCCCCGCCCCAUCCACCAAACCCACCUCAGCACCACACAAGGCUUGUGGUCGGAGCAAAUGGACACCCCCGCUCUGAAGACAUGCAAGGUGGAGGAGGACCUGAGACCAUGGCCAGCGACUACAGAUCUGUUCCAGCAGAGGACCACCUUCCCGUCUCUGUCCCCACUGACCGACCCUCGCUUCUCAGACCCGCGCAUGCACUACCCGGGGGCCUUCCCGUACACCGGCAACAGCUCCAGCACCAGCAUCGGCGGCCUCAGCAUGUCGGCCUCUUCUCGAUACCACACCUACCUGCCGCCGCCCUACUCAAACAACCAGUCCCAGAACUUCCAGUCCAACUCUUACCUGUAUUACGGCACAGGCUCUGGAUCCUACCAGUUCUCCAUGGUGGCACCGGGGAACACCGGGGGCGAGCGCUCCCCCUCCCGCCUGCUGUCCUGUUCGGGGGCCGGCGGCACCGUAGGGACCAACAGCCUGAUGAACCCGGGCCUGAACACCCAGAACGAGGGCGUGGAGGCCGACGGCAGCCACAGCAACUCCCCAACGGCCAUGAGCGCCUCGGGUCGCUUGGACGAGUCCGUCUGGAGGCCUUACUGACUGACGCAGAGCUAGACAACCAAAGAGCGCGGGAGAGGAGAGGGAAAAAGAAGUUAAGAGGACAAUGAACAAAAAGUAAAAAAGCUGAACACUGAAAGAAAUGAAAAAAAAACAACCAAAAAAAAACGAGAAAUGCUGCAUGUUUGUCUUUUAUUUCUGCUUUAGAGAUUUUCUGCUUUUACCGACUCUCUCUCCUAAGACCUAAGUGUAUUUUAUAAGUUUUGAGCGAACUCCUGCACUGUUCUGAAACAUGAACUCCAACUACAAAAAGCCAUAAGAGGUGAGGUGAGGCGACGCUCGGCGGAGGCUGUAAAUAGAAGUGAGAGUACGACAGGAGAAGCCAUAGUGAAGUUUCAGGAUCAUUUUGUCUGGCGCAAACAGGUCACGCAUCAAGCGCCAACGAACAAAAGACGGCGGAGGCACGAUCGAGCGGCGCAGCUGACGAACUGUAAAAACCACAGCAGACACUCGUGGAGCAGACCGCUCAGACUGAUCCGCACGACAGGUGGAGAGCCAACUGGACGUCCGCUCGGUCCGGUGACGUCCUCGCCAGGCACGGCCGCACUGCUGUAAACGAACGGUCCUUUUUAAAGCUUUAAUUUCUAGAAUUUCAAUGUUGUGUCUUUUGUGAAACAUCGUCGACUGCAUCCGGGGGCUGUUUCCUGUGCUCUCAGUACUCACGCAGUACCUUACUGCCUAAUUUAUUGUCCAAACGGACGCAUUAGCCUUUGGUGCUACAGUACGCGGGCGGAUGUCUCGACACAAUCGCUGCAUUAUCCAGAGAAGAGCAUUCACAUGUUUAUUAAGGAAUGGAUUCUCCUCUGCUGCGUCAUCAGUGUAUCAAGUUUCAUCAAGACAAUGGCUGAUAUUUUGAGGAAUGUAAAAGACUAAAGCAGAGGGGGUGGAAGGGAGUGGGGGUGGGGGGUGGGGCGGCGGGGGGGGGGCUUUGUUGUUGUUUUUAUCUGCAGGUAUGUCGGAGUCCUGUUGUCUCCGCUCUUUACUUUUUCCUUAAAAUUCUUAUUCCAGCCCGUUUUUUUUUUGUAUUUAAAAGAGAAAAGAAAGAGAAGAAAAGAAGAGAAAAAAAAGCCCUCGUCUGAUCGUUUUGAGACGGAUGACACGGUUUACUUUUGAUAUUUAUUUGAGCCAAAUUAUGAGGAAAUGUAUGCAUAUACCCCGAAAUCCUUAAGCAUUUCUCUCUACCUUUCCUUUUUUAUAUAAAUAUAUAUAUAUAUAUAUACAGUAUAUAUACACACCAUGUUUUGUUGUUAAGUAUAAAUUUGGAAUUUGUGUAAUAUAUUGCUCCUAAAUUAUAAAAGAAAAAUCCAAAACCUUUAAUGUAAUUAUUUUGCCUUCCAAUGUAGCUUUUAUGCACUAAAAACCUUUAUUCCAAAUGCCCAACAGAUUCUGGUAUAGCUAAUCUUUUCCAAAUUGCCUUCCUGCGCUAAAGUAAAAAAAAAAAAAAAAAACAUUAAAAAAAAAAAGCUUAAUGUUUGCACUAUGUUUUGAACUUUCAUUUCUCUCUUUAUUUGCUCGUAUUUACAAAUAAAGUGUGCGGAACGAAUUAAGAAAUAUUCCUGCGCACAUGUUUGCUGAACACACUUAAAAGUGUCCUUUUGACAAAUCUCUCAUUAAUGAAGAAGAAAUUAAUGAUAUUACACACACACACACAUUCCUGCACCACAGGUGUGUGUGCACAUUCCCCCCCUCUUCCCCCCUCCUGUAAUGUCCUGAGGGUCUUUAUCCUGCAGUUACACAUGUGAUCCCUUAUCCCUGGAGGAGGAAGGAGGAGAAGGAGCGUGAGGAUGAAGGGAUAGAGGGAAGAUGUGUGUUCGGAGCGGUAUCUUGUUACCGACACCACUGGCGGUAACUCGCACAGAAAAAAAAGGAAAAAAAAACCUCCCUUGUUGUGCACAUCUCCUUUUGUUCUGAAUAAUCAAUGAGUGCUUUGAAGGCUUUACGGCCCCCGAUUAUUUCUCUUCGAGUGUAAUUUACUGAUCGUCAGUGCCAGAGGCCUUGUGGCUUCUCUUCCGAUACUUCACACACCUAAACAGAUCAUCUCGGUAUGAGCUGCGUUAAGGUAUUCACAACAGGUAUCUGCGUCUAAUGGAUAGAAUUUUGCAAGAAGGAAAAUGGUUAGCCACUUAGAACGAAGUGAGAUUUCAAGGUUUGCAGCUCAGGUGAAAAGAAAAACCAAAAAACAAAAAGAAAGAAAAAAAGGUUGUUUUGUAGACCCUUUGCCUUAUUCCUCUCCUUUAAGCAAUCAUUGUCUCAUUCCCUUUGGUUAAGAGGCCGCUCUCCUCCGACCUGACCUACAUUACUUUAUUAUGGGCAAAAAAAAAAAAAAAAAAAAAAAAAAAAAAUCAUGCAGCUAGAGAAACCGCACACUAAGCGCUGAUGUGUGUGUGGUUCCUUCACGAACAAAACCAAAGAUCUUCACAACUGCCUGUAAUAAUGUUCAGAUGUUAAAGCCGGGGAGAGACGCGGCCGCUCGCCCCUCCCGUCUUUAACGUCGCUGUUUAUGCAAAUCUAGGAAACCAAAGUGUCCAAGUGAAUUGUAUGUUUUUUGCGCGUCUGAUGCAAGAGCACAAUGUUACAUUUAACUCUGUUUCUUUUCAUGACAAAAAGCAACCCUUUAUUGUUUUCACUUCUCUUGAUGCUCAAAGCAUGUACAUCAGAAAACUGAUAUGUUAAUUUAAAGAUCUCAUCUAUGUAUGUAUCAUUAAUGCUUCCAAACCGAGUGCUUGUAAAGUUUGCUGAUAAUGUAGUUUUUAAUCAUUUUAAUUAAAAAACAGGUGUCUUA